GUUAAUCACGUGUGCACUGCGCUGAAAUCCGUCAGAUGUCGCUAGCGCUGCUUCCUAAAGUCAUGGCGGAAUAGUUCUAAUAAUUCAACGAUUUAUUCAUAAUUCGUGGGUAGAUUUGUUAUUACCGGUGUCGAAAUACAAAACGCUUAUCCUGUUCGUAUUCGUAUAGUGAGAGUCUAAUAAACGUUCGACCGACACCUUGCCCGAAUAUUGCCAACAUUGUUGAAAAGUAAUUUCAGUGGUAAAUAUUCACCAAAUAUUUGAUACAGAGCCGCUCUAAUAUAUUUAUUACGUUUAGCAUGACGCAAUAGGUACUAACGACGUCAAAAUAUUUAGCGCUGGAUAUACAGACGGUGGUAAUGAACGAAGGUUCCCCAAUAAUGUAUCAUGGGAACGGCUACGGAGGUGGAGUGUAUAUGGUCCCUGGGCAGAUGGACAGAUCCCGGCAAUAUCCCUUGGAAAUGCUCCAAGUGCUAAGCAGCGCUGGUCGCGGCAACGGCGAGCACGGGCAGGUGGCGCCGCGGCGGUGGCAGGCGCGCCGGGAGCGCCAGCCCAGCAAGGACAACACCGCCUUCAGCUACGACUCUGAUGACUCCAGUUUAUCAAGCAAUGCAUCUGGUUCAAAUAAAUCUAGUGAAAAAGGCGAGGGCAGUUCCCGCACGGGCGCGCUGUGUGCGGGGAGCGCGUCGGGGGCGGCGGGCGCACAACAGCGCGAGUGGCGCGCCAGACCAAAGCGCGACUUCCGCCCGCGCAGAAUACCUCUAGAGCGCUUCGCCACCGUUGCAUAUCCCUCACAGAUUAAGUUCACACCUGAUGAUUUGCUUAAUGGGUCGAAGUGGGACUCCCUGUCGCAGGAGAUUUGGGAUAAGUUCAUGAAGUCACAGCAGACGGACGAGACCUUCAGGAAGAAGAUGAACUUGUGGCGUUAUCUCAGCAUGGCCAUCAGGUCGAUGUUCCCGCGCUACUCGCUGUACGUGGUGGGGUCCACGAUGUCGGGCUUCGGUCUGGACAACUCCGACAUGGACCUGUGCCUGCACGUGCGCGCGCACCAGCACGUGGAGGCGCGCGCGCAGGCGCUGCUGCACCUCAUUGUAAGAGAUUUUAAAAAUAUAGAUUCAGAUGAAUUAUGCUGGAACAGAUUUCAAAGAUCAAAAUGUCGACGUUUUCGCGCGCUUUUACAAAUACAAUGUCACUGCCAAUGUUGA